UAUAUAUUCAUGAAAGAUUCAACUGGAAUAGGCUUAUAUUUAAACCUAUUAAACACAGAAAUAUAGCAUAACAUACGUUAUAUAGAAAACACACGUAUAAUAUACAAUAUCCAAACAUUUACUUAUGUAAAGAUAUAUGUAUGUGUGCGUGUGUGUAUGUAGGUAUGUAUGUUGGUGAGAUUCAACAGAAAUAGGCUUAUAUAUAAGCCUAUUAGGCAUAGAAAUAUAGCCACAAUAUACGUCAUACAUACAUUAAACGCAUUACAUAUGUAUGUAAAAUUAAAUAAUAUAUAUUUAUUUAUCUAUAAUUGAAAUAUAAAGGAAGGCUAAAAAGUGAAUCGGACUUCCUACCGUCCAAAAGGUUUUGUUGAGGCCUUUUUUCCCCCACAAUCAUUUUCUAUUGAUAUUGACUUUGUAUCAAACGAAAUCAUGUCAGCCAAUGGAAACCCCGGAUUACCGGGCUCAAUUGAUUUUCUACCAGAGGGCUGUAAUGUCACUGAAGAUGACAUCCUGAUAAAAAGCUCCGUACAAGGACUGUACGAAUUCAGCGAACGCUACGCCGAGAUACACGGAUAUGUGAGCGCCAUAGUAUGUACAUUCGGUUUCAUGGCGAAUUUGGCAAACAUUGUGUGCCUAACUCGGCGAAAUAUGAUCUCACCGACCAAUUUAAUCUUGACGUGGCUUGCCGUAGCUGACAUGUUGACGAUGAUGUCUUAUUUCCCAUUUGCCCUUCAUUACUACAUUCUCCGUGACAGAGACAUUCCACGCUUGCACACACGUAGCUACGGCUGGAUUGUGCUCUUAUUGUUCCAUGCCAAUUUUACCAUUGUAACACACACCAUUGCCAUUGGACUUACUAUAGCAUUGGCAAUAUUUCGAUAUAUAUACAUUUGUUUUCCCGUCAGGGGCAGUGAACUUUGCAGCAUAAAACGUUCCAAGCAGACCAUUUUAAUUGUACACCUGAGCACAAUAGUCGUUUGUAUUCCAAACUAUAUUUUAAAUACCAUCGAAGAAUCUCCUCCAACCGGCCAAUUUUACAGAUAUGUUCCCACAAGAAGUAACCUCUCUGAACUAAGCAACGUCAGUUCGAUUCCCAGCCAGGAAUACAGCUACAAGAUAGGUACGAGCAGCUAUAUGUUCUCACACAUCAUUCAAACUAUAAACAAUUGGGUGCAGGCCAUUCUCAUCAAGCUGGUGCCGUGCGUCACUCUUACCAUUCUUACCAUCAUGCUCAUUGUGGUGAUGCAUAAAGCCUACAAAAAGAGAAUGAAGCUGAAGUCUCAAGGACGCAAAGAUGAAUCGGACCGCCAUGGAGAACACAAUCGAACCACUGGAAUGCUAUUGGCGGUUGUAAUGCUGUUUCUAUUGACUGAACUACCGCAAGGAAUAUUAACACUUCUAAGUAGCUUCAUCGACAACUUUUUUCCCUGCGUCUACAUGCCUCUUGGAGACGUCCUUGAUAUCAUGGCACUCUGUAAUAAUGCUAUUAAUUUUGUACUCUACUGUACUAUGAGUCGCCUGUUCCGCGAGACAUUCGUGGCGACGUUCUUCAACUGCUGUCCGCAAAGACCAGGUUGGUUGAAGUUGAAGCUCAUUACGGCCACUCAGUCUAGUAAUACAGCCACAACAGUAAAUAACCAUAGCAACAACACAAAGACGACCAACGUGUAAAAUUUUCAUUUUAAAAAGUACACAAAAUAUGGGAAAAUGAAUGAAAUAAAAUAAAGUACUAUAGAAGUAAUGUGGAAACAAUGUGAAAACUGUACAAUCUGGAAAAUAAUAAAUGGAGAUGGAGAAAGAAAAGAAAUAUGCCUAUUUGGCUUAAUGUGACUACACCGUGACGAGGGAAAUCCACCCUCUGACUAUCACACAUCAUAUAUAGAGAGACAAUUGAGAGAUAUGCCACUGAGAUAUAUCAUACAUAUUUCAAAUAUCAGAAAAUAAUACUAACUUCAGCAUAUUCUGACUACAAUAUUUAUCGAAAGAAGAUCAUUACGAUUAAUUACCCCUAGUAACCCAGCCACCACAGUGAAUAACCAUAGAAAGGUGACCAACGUUAAAUUUCUAAGUUCUAAGAAGAAAAAAGUUUAACAAUGAAUAAAAUACAAAAAAAACAAAUCUUUUAAAAUGACAAUUUUGAAAAUGAUAAUUUUGAAAAUGAUAAUUUGGGAAGCGAAAACAAAAAGAGGAAUAAGAA